UUUAUAGUGAGUUAAAUAAACAUUAUUUAACAGUAUUUAGUUUAUGAAUAACAAUAAAUAAAUUGCAGUAAUUAAAAUAAGAGGGAAAAAACCUCAAAAGCAGAACGUCCAGUGUUGAGAAUAUUGAGGAAAAAAUGUGAUUUACUUUUUCAUAAUGCAUAAAUGAUAAUUCUUGUCUUUUCUUUUGUUUCUGACGUGAUCCAGAUGUUUUAAUGAGAUGAGUAGUGCGUGUAAAAGCGUGACGUUCCUGGACCUGGGUUUUGCAUGAACUUAAGCUCGAUGAAGAGGAGAAACGCAGCGAGCAGCGGAUGAAGAUAACAGGACAGCCUUUCAGUUCCUCGUGUCCGGAGCCGAAGAUGAAGUGAGGGCAAUCAGACACAAUCCACAGCAGGCUCUCAGGAUGUUCCAGAGGAAGAAGAAGAAGAAGAAGAAGAGGCGGCUGGAGAUCUCCACACCGAGGAACUUCGAGCACAGGGUGCACACGUCCUUCGACCCGGUGCAGGGCUGUUUCGUGGGUCUGCCACCUCAAUGGCAAAGCAUUAUAGACACGCUCCGGAGACCCAAACCUGUGGUGGACCCCUGCAGCUUCACACAGGUGCAGCUCAGGCCCCAGAGGAGCAUUGUUCGCGGCAGCUUCAUCGGACACGAGGACUACAUUUCUGCGGCGAUCGCCGAGAUGAGUCGACUCUCUGUGUCCAGCUCGAACUCGUUGAGGAGAACCAGCCCGUCUUUAAGGAAACGAGCGCGGUCUCUGGGUCGUCUGGGGGAGGAAGCUGAAGGAGAGACUUACGAAUAUCAGGAGCUCAAUGAGGCUGAUCAGAGAAACGUCCAGUCGGUGUCAGACAGGAGCUCCAGAUCCAGAGCGAUCCAGAGCGAGAGCGGAUCCUCCACACGACCCCGAGCCAGGUCCGUGUUCAUGGGACAGACGGCGCUGAUGCCCCGGGACAUCUCACUGGUGUCUAACCCUGACCGUGAAGGACCCGGGGUCUCUGAACCCGAGCAGACGGCCGUCUGGAGUCAUGAUGGAGACAGACUGAACUCAGAUCAGCUCCAGAGGAGACCGCAGUCCACUUCUGACCUCACCGUGAAUUCAUCGGGAUUCCCAGCCAUUUCCAAACCCAAUGGCACUAGCAGUCCCAAACCAGGCCUUGUGACGCCGAGCGGUGACCCGAGAGCACGGCGUUCCUCUUCUCCCGUCAGAUCCCCGGUGACUCCGAGUCCCAGCGGACACACACCCGUCACACACACACAGUUCAGAGCCGCGCUGCAGAUGGUGGUGGACCCCGGAGACCCUCGCCCCUCUCUGGAGAACUUCGUGAAGAUCGGCGAGGGCUCCACGGGUGUAGUGUGCAUCGCCCGAGAGAAGCAGAGCGGGCGGCAGGUCGCCGUCAAGAUGAUGGACCUCCGCAAACAGCAGAGGAGAGAACUGCUCUUCAACGAGGUGGUGAUCAUGCGAGACUACAGACACAGAAGCGUGGUGGAGAUGUUCCGGAGCGCUCUGGUGGGUGAAGAGCUGUGGGUGAUCAUGGAGUACCUGCAGGGCGGCGCUCUCACCAACAUCGUCUCACAGACCAGGCUAACAGAGGAGCAGAUUGCUACAGUGUGUGAAGCUGUUCUUCAGGCUCUCUGUUAUCUUCACGCUCAGGGCGUCAUACACAGAGACAUCAAGAGCGACUCGAUCUUACUGACGCUGGACGGCCGGGUCAAACUGUCCGACUUUGGAUUCUGUGCUCAGAUCAGUAAAGACAUCCCGAAGCGGAAGUCUUUAGUCGGGACUCCGUACUGGAUGGCGCCCGAAGUGGUUUCAAAGAAGCUGUACGGCACCGAGGUGGACGUGUGGUCUCUGGGGAUCAUGGUGGUGGAGAUGAUCGAUGGAGAACCUCCGUAUUUCAGCGAGACGCCGAUAGCAGCGAUGAAGAGACUGAGGGACGAGCCGGCGCCGACCGCAAGAAACAUCAGCACGAUCUCUCCGGUCCUGAGGGACUUUCUGGACUCGAUGUUGACCCGUGAUCCUCUGAAGCGAGCGAGCGCUAGAGAUCUGCUCCAGCAUCCCUUCAUGCUUCAGGCCACUUCUCCUCGCUGUCUGGUGCCUCUAGUGGAGCAGCACCGCAAGCGCAUGUCCCACUGCUGACCUGCGGCUCCCACAUCAGCACUGUGGACUGGGAAUGUUCCUGAUCUGCUGAAACACUUCCCUCUGGAGACUCGCAGGAACAAUUCAUCCCAAACCCAUCAUCCUGUCGGCAUCCAUUCAGCUUAUUCUAAUGCAUCUGCACAGAAACUUUGACAUUGUGUUGUGUGUAAUAUAGACUGAGCUGCUGGGUUUAUUAAAGCCGUCUGAUGAUCCUUCACAAUAUGCUGCAGGACAAUGAAUUAAAAGGUAAUUUGUGUCCUUAUUUCUCGCAAUUCUGAGAAAAAAAAAAUCAUAAUUGUGAAACGUUAACUUACAAUUGCAAGACAAUAAAAAAAGGUAAUUAAAAAAAAAAGUCAGAAUUGUGAGA